AAUCAUAUAUUAAGGAAAGGUUAGAGGGAAUAUGUGGGUCAGGAUGUUUGACCUUAUUGGAUAUGCGUAAAUUUUUCUCGGAAUGUUCAAGACAGUGUAGCCCGUGGAUUUUGUUAUGAACUUGCGCAAAUGUGUCACAUAUCAGGCAUGGCUUUUAAUCCUGAGCCGGUACUUCCUCCAAUCAGUGGUCGUCCAGAGCAGGUAGAGAAGGUCUUGAAAACUCGUUAUCAUGAUGCCAUGACAAAGCUUCAGCCCCAGGGCAACGAACUUGACCUUCUUAUUGUAAUUCUCCCUGAUAAUAAUGGUUCCCUUUAUGGUGAUUUGAAACGGAUAUGUGAGACAGAUCUUGGCCUUGUUUCUCAGUGUUGUUUAACAAAGCAUGUAUUCAGAAUGAGUAAGCAGUAUUUGGCCAAUGUGGCUUUGAAGAUAAAUGUGAAGGUUGGAGGAAGAAAUACUGUACUUGUUGAUGCAAUAUCAAGGCGCAUUCCUUUAGUCAGCGACCGGCCCACUUAUUUUUGGUGCUGAUGUUACCCAUCCUCAUCCUGGGGAAGACUCAAGCCCAUCUAUUGCAGCUGUAUUCUAUCUUUCUCCACUCUUCUGAAUGCCUCUUAUCUUGUAUUCACUGAAUUUGAUCUUGCCUUUUGCAAUUUGAACUGACAAAAGGGUUUUGAAAUUGAAAUGCAGGUUGUGGUUUCUCAGGAUUGGCCUGAGAUUGCAAAGUAUGCUGGUCGGUUUGUGCUCAAGCCCAUCGACAAGAGCUUAUCCAAGAUCUGUUCAAAGAAUGGCAGGAUCCUGUAAGAGGGAAAGCCAGUGGUGGAAUGAUCAAGUAUGUUUGGCCAUCUCUCUGUCAUAUUUGUCAUAGGAUCAAGUGCCUCUAUUGGUCUCAAGUGCUCUAGGGCCUGUGCAUAUGCUGCUUCCUACGGUCUUGAGGGAUUUUAUAGUUUACUUUAGUUUGUUUUACUUGCUUUGCCUAUGCUUUUUGCUACAGUGAUUUUGUUUUUACUUUGGUUGAUACCAUAUAUGACGAUUAAGGCUUCAUUUGUUUGCCGAAAUAACUUAUAUUGAAAAAUGUUUUCCAUGAAAAA